AUGGAGAAACCCUUUUACGGCCGAACAGGGGCUCUCGAUAACGCACACCAAGGGGUGCCCGUUUCGACAACACGUUUUCUUUCGGGGAAAUCUGCCAAAUGGUUUCCUUCACUGUUAACGGUGCCACAACGUAUUCUUCAUAGUAUUACAGAAGGUGAUGGUAUUGAGUGUAGUAUUAUCCGUUUUCUUCAAUUGGGAUGUGUUUAUGAGGAGUUACGUAGACGCCAUACUGACCCCAAACGUCAUGGUCUCUUACUCCGUGAAAUUCUUAAAUGGUAUCAAACUCUGCAUAGAGAGUCUGAGAAAAGUGAAUGUUUGAAUGACAAUAGGGACACUGAUCUUUUUCAGCCAUUUGUUCCCACGUACAAUCUGCGGGUGAUGAAGGAUGAUCAACCAGUAGGAUUGUACACUGCGGUUACGCGUAGGGCGGUUACACUUAUUGGAAAAGAUCGAGAGUUGAAUGACAUUCCUCUCGAUCACCCGAGUUGCUCAGCGCAGCACGCUGCUCUUGAAGUGCGUUUCGUGUACGCCUUCGCUGAGGAUCUAGAGCAGCAGUUCACAACGUGGUUGGAAGGCCAGGCGAUUGACUGGAACUCCGUGGAAGACAUCGUAAAGUUGUGUGUUCGCGUACGUGAAAUCAUGUCCAAUCUUGGCGACGGUGAGGAUACAUGGUCAAUGGAGUUGCAGGUAUUAGAUCUCGGAUCCACUAACGGCACUCGUCUCAAUGGUGAGGCUUUACAGGCAUUGCAGCCAACGACCCUUAUUGAAGGUGACGUAUUAACUUUUGCCUUUUCAUCGAGAAAAUACGUUGUUGUGCGGUCUUGA